AGAUUUUAAAGGCGUUAUCCCCUUUCUGGUCGAGUUAUAUGGGUAAUACAAGGAAACACUCUCUUCAGAUUAGAAUAUUUACACAUUACAUUCACUUUCUGCUCACAAAAUUUACUAUCAUCAGCCUGAAGAAAUUAUUACGACACCAUUAACUGUAGAUUUUAAAGGAGUUAUCCCACUUCUGGUCGACGGGAUAUAUGUGUAGUAAUAGUGAGAAAGUGUGUUGGAUUUAACGCCGCUUCAGACGGCAUUCCAAUUAUAUCACGUCGUGUCUGUUUAAUGUGGGAGGAAAGCCCGAAGUCUUAGACGUUUACGACUUUGCAGGGGUAUGGUGCUGACAAACCUAGACAAAUAUUAUCUGGGCGAACCAGGAUUCGAACCCACGAGCAUAGGUUUCUGUCGUUCCCAAAGAAACCAGCUAUGCCCAGCGAAUUGUCCACCCGUCUCCCUCUGUAGUAUAUAGUCAAUAAUAUCUUUAAAUUAGCAGUAUUGACCCUUUGCAUUCACAUCCUGCUAACAAGUUUUAAAAGUGAUUUACUAUCAUCAGCCAAAAGGAAAUCUUAAGAUUUCAUUAAUAGUAUUUUAAGAGGCGUAAACCCACUUCUGAUUUCUAUAUGUGAUUUUAAAGGUGUUCUGCAACUUCUGGACAGGGUGUGUAUAUCAUAAGAUUAUAAUGAAUAUUCACUUAGAAUAACACUUGUUCUCAAAGUUAAUAAUUCAAAGAAUACCAUCUCUAUUACAGUGCCAGAAAUCCCGUCCUUCGUGAGCCAUCGUUCUAUAACACUUUAUAUUUUCAACAGUUCUGUUCACUGUCAGCCAGUUGAGAUACUGAUAGCAUCUCCUUCCUUAACUACUUUCGAACAGCAGCGCCAUAUGAGCGGUUGUACGUUCGUAUUGUCGGCAGGCAUGUCCUGGUUCAGCGGCUUGAAACCGGGGGACGUAUUUAGUAUACAAGAGACUCGCAAGCCCAACGUAUGUGUGCUGGACAGGACCACUGGCAGCGUUUGUUAAGUUGCUCUUUAACUCGGCAUUGGACCAGACAAACCAGUGAUUGGUAUUAUGAGCAGCGACGCUCGCCGUCGGGGUAUGAUGAUGGUAUCCCGCAAUCAACCAAGUCACUGAGACGGACCACCCGAUCCACGUAGUCGCCUCGUGACAAGCAUAGCUAGCUGGGGACCGAUGCCAACCAGGACCCUCAACAGGGCAACGAAAAGGAAAAAAGGAACAUUUGUUGGGUAAAGUUUACAAGAUGAGCUCACCAUCUCUCCAAGAAUCAGAUGACAGCGAUAACAAAGGGGAGGUAGCUCCAGACCUCGAUGACUCGGGCAGCACCUCAGAAAGUGAGGUGGAGGGGAUGGAGGAGGAGGAGGAAGAGGCGGUGUGUAUAAACAAUGACUUUGACCCUGGUUUGGAGGCCCUGUACCAGCAACAGAGUUCUCGUAAGACGGACACAGAAGACCAACUGAGGACAGAUGAAUGUUUACCAGGUGGAGCUGACUGUGCUGCUAUGAUGCUAGGUGACAGGGACGAACUAACAACCACAGAUGAUGCAGCUGCAAAUUGCCACUACGACAGUGGAAAGACGCACCGAUCACGAUCUCCUUCGUGUUUGCAGGGGGCCGUGGCACUAACGCAAGAUGACGAACAAGACUUGUCACGUGCUAUAGCAGAAUCAGUCAGCAACGCGUUGUCAGUGGAUACAGAACAGCGUCCAACAAAUAUAGUAAUCAACAACCCACAGGUCCACUUUACAAAGAAAACAGAGGUAGCCAACCUUAACGCACGAUAUGCAACAGUGGGAGGUCAACAGGUGAUCCAGUCAUCAACGUCCACUGACGGUGGAGAAAGACAACAGAACAAUGAAACCAGACCAACAAGGACCCUAAAAGACCCAGCAGUACAAAGGAUAAGAGAUGAGACAGUUUCAGAUAUCCAAACGUGGACAUCUGGCAUGAUCAAAACACAGUUUGUUGAUGACAUCGUGAAGAAGAUGGACGCUGGACAAAACUGGAUCACAGUCACCGGAAGUGGUGGUGAUGGGAAGACAACAGUGGCCUACAUGGUGCUUCAUGAGAUGAUGAAACGAGGGCGAGAAGUGUUUCGAGUGAAGACAGUGGAGCAGUAUCACACCAUCACAAAGAAUACCCACCGAUCUCUCCUCAUGAUGAACGAUGUUUUAGGGGCCUUUGCUCUUGAUAAAAUAGCAUUCAGCACAUGGAAACCUGUCAUAUUCGAUGCCAUGGAAAACAUAUCAAAGGCAAAAGAAUCUGAGCAGCCAAGUGGAGUGAUUUGUAUGUUGGUGCAAAGAUCAAAUAUCCUAAAUGAAGUUGAGCCUUGUCUUGAAAAACAUAAACGUUCCAUUCUUGGGGUCGAUGCUGUCACAAACCUAUCGUGUCUACCUGUAGAGGAGAAGGGUCCGAUGCUAGACUAUCAUCUGAAACAGAAGAAUAUUAAAGACAUACCAGAAACUGAAAAAUUAAAAGUGAUUCAGAGCAGCAUACCAUAUGGAUUUCCACAUUGUUGCAAGCUGUUUGCUGAGUUGAAGUCGGAGGAGAAAUGUGUUGACAUUGUACAAUUUUUCUCCCGCCCUCUUGAGAUUUUGGAUGCCACGACUGAUGCGUAUCUGGAUAACGAAAAAUUAAAAGAUGUGUUCAAGACUCUCUUGAAAAGAGAUGGGCGACUUGAUACCAGUGAGAUAGAAGACGAUGACCAACGCAGUGGUAUCAUUGAAGUAUCGGCUCCAUUAAAUGGUAGCUAUCUGUCAAACACCAACGGAGUAAUAACAUUUUCACAUCCAUCCGUUUAUGAAAGUGUUGCAAACUGCAUAGGGAAACGUGAUGUGGUGUUCGCGAUCAAAUAUUUUAGUUUCUCUUUCAUAAUGGAGAAAAUGCGGUUUGCAGAGUCACAAAGCCAUGACAGUACUGUUUCAAGAAAUGUCUUCAAAAUAUCGCCAAACCAACAGAACAUCCAACGUCUUUGCAACAGGUUCACUCUUUCAGUGAUAUACAGACGCUUUAAUGUGCUUCGUCAUCCCUUUUUCCAAAGCGAGGACUUUUGUCGGACCUUCUUUUCAUCCAUAAUUGAAAAGGACAGCUUUUGGAAUAAUUUCAUCUGCUUGUGCUGCAAGGAAACAGGCAGACUGUCUGUCAACGACAGCAAUGAAGACGGUGAGACUAUGUUGUUACAAGUUGCACAGAGUAGUAACACUACUGCCACCCGUAUCCUCUUGGAAUGUGGAGCAAGUGUAAAUCCGGCAACCACGAAAACGAAGACAGCACUUCACUAUCUGUGUGAGAGUGGUCAUGUUGAUGCUAGUGAUGUAGAACUGAUGAUACAACAUGGCGCUGAUGUUAACAAAGCUGAUUUGUUUGGAAAGGCAGCACUCCACUAUCUGUGUGAGGGUGGUGAUGUUGAUGCUAGUGUUGUAGAACUGAUGAUUCAACAUGGCGCUGAUGUUAACAAGGCUGAUGUGUUUGGAAAUACAGCACUUCACUAUCUGUGUGAGAGUGGUGGUGUUGAUGCUAGUGUUGUAGAACUGAUGAUACAACAUGGCGCUGAUGUUAACAAGGCUGAUAAGCGUGGAAAGACAGCACUUCACUAUCUGUGUGAGAGUGGUGAUGUUGAUGCUAGUGUUGUAGAACUAAUGAUACAACAUGGCGCUGAUGUUAACAAAGCUGAUAAGCGUGGAAAGACAGCACUUCACUAUCUGUGUGAGAGUGGUGAUGUUGAUGCUAGUGUUGUAGAACUGAUGAUACAACAUGGCGCUGAUGUUAACAAGAUUGAUAGGCGUAGAAAGACAGCACUUCACUAUCUGUGUGAGAGAUUUGGUGUUGAUGCUAGUGUUGUAGAACUGAUGAUACAACAUGGCGCUGAUGUUAACAAGAUUGAUAGGCGUAGAAAGACAGCACUUCACUGUCUGUGUGAGAGUGGUGGUGUUGAUGCUAGUGUUGUAGAACUGAUGAUACAACAUGGCGCUGAUGUUAACAAGGCUGAUGUCGAUGAAAAGACAGCAUUUCACUAUCUGUGUGAGAGUGGUGGUGUUGAUGCUAGUAUUGUAGAACUGAUGAUACAACAUGGCGCUGAUGUUAACAAGGCUGAUCGGCAUGGAAAGACAGCAAUUCACUAUCUGUGUGAGAGUGGUGGUGUUGAUGCCAGUGUUGUAGAACUGAUGAUACAACAUGGCGCUGAUGUUAACAAGGCUGAUGUCGAUGAAAAGACAGCACUUCACUAUCUGUGUGAGAGUGGUAGUGUUGAUGCUAGUGAAGUAGAACUGAUGAUACAACAUGGCGCUGAUGUUAACAAGGCUGACAGAGAUGGAAAAACAGCAUUUCACUAUCUGUGUGAGAGAUUUGGUGUUGAUGCUAGUGUUGUAGAACUUAUGAUACAACAUGGCGCUGAUGUUACCAAGGCUGAUGUCGAUGAAAAGACAGCAUUUCACUAUCUGUGUGCGAGUGGUGGUGUUGAUGCUAGUGUUGUAGAACUGAUGAUACAACAUGGCGCUGAUGUUAACAAGGCUGAUGGACAUGGAAAGACAGCACUUCACUAUCUGUGUGAGAGUGGUGGUGUUGAUGCUAGUGUUGUAGAACUGAUGAUACAACAUGGCGCUGAUGUUACCAAGGCUGAUGUCGAUGAAAAGACAGCAUUUCACUAUCUGUGUGAGAGUGGUUGUGUUGAUGCUAGUGUUGUAGAACUGAUGAUACAACAUGGCGCUGAUGUUAACAAGGCUGAUGUCGAUGAAAAGACAGCAUUUCACUAUCUGUGUGAGAGUGGUGAUGUUGAUGCUAGUGUUGUAGAACUGAUGAUACAACAUGGCGCUGAUGUUAACAAGGCUGAUGGACAUGGAAAGACAGCACUUCACUCUGUGUGAGAAGCACUUCACUCUGUGUGCGAGAAGGGGUGUUGAUGCUAGUGUUGUAGAACUGAUGAUACAACAUGGCGCUGAUGUUACCAAGGCUGAUCGGCGUGGAAAGACAGCAUUUCACUAUCUGUGUGAGAGUGGUGGUGUUUACU